UUGGGCUCUCCUUUCUCAUUGGAGGAAUUGGUCUUACAGUUUUCAGUUAGCAAAUUAUAUAUAUACACACCUUAUUCUCAUCAAAACUAUAUAUAAAGUCACGUGCGCAAUAUUUGAGAAUUGAGGGGAUAUAUUUUCUCUCUCUAGAAGUGAGAUUUCAUGGUGAGAUCUUCGAGGCCGAAGAAGAACAGUGACGUCGUUGCUGACAUCACCGUCAAGAACAACAACAAUAACAAUAACAAGAACACUGCCAAAGCUAAACGAACACGAAAAAGCUCCCCCCGACAGUCUCCGCAACAACGUAGCUCGAUUCACCGGGGCGUUACUCGGCACCGAUGGACGGGGAGGUAUGAAGCUCAUUUGUGGGAUAAAAACUGCUGGAAUGAAUCUCAGAACAAGAAAGGAAGACAAGUAUAUUUAGGGGCCUACGAUGACGAAGCAGCAGCUGCACAUGCGUAUGACUUGGCUGCAUUGAAGUAUUGGGGACAAGAUACCAUCCUUAAUUUUCCUCUCUCAACCUAUCAAAAAGAGCUUAUGGAAAUGGAGGGCCAAUCUAAGGAAGAGUACAUUGGUUCAUUAAGAAGAAAAAGCAGUGGAUUUUCUCGAGGAGUGUCGAAAUAUAGAGGCGUGGCAAGGUACGUACUAAUAAACAACAUAUAUAAUACUAAGGUCUCGUUCGGUUACAUAUAUCGGAAUUGUUUGGAUUAGAUGGGAUUGGAUUAUUUUUUUACUGACUAAUUAAUUAUUUAGUUAGUAAGACGUUCGAUUCAUUGAUUCGAUUUUGUAUUCAACCUGUUAAUUAACAAGUAGU